AUGAAGUUGAAGCUAACCCACAAUGCCAGCCUGAUUGACAAUGAGAGAGCCUUUGAUCGCUUCAAGAUUCGACCCCGUAUUCUUUGCGAUGUAUCCAAAAUUGAUACCUCGACAACAUUUCUAGGUGGAAAGAUAUCUUUGCCGAUAGGAUUUGCACCAACAUGCAUUCAAUGCCUUGCGCAUCCUGACGGUGAAGCGGCAACAUCCCGAGCCGCAAGCCAACUGAACAUCCCAAUGAUCCUGUCAACAUUCUCGACAGUUUCAAUGGAAGAUGUCAUUUCUGCGAGCAAAGGAGGCCAGAACCCAUACGGCUUUCAGCCAAUUUUUCCCCCUAAUCGAAGUAUAACACUGGAUAUGAUGAAGCGAGCUGAAAAAUGUGGCUACAAGGCUAUUUUUAUCACCGUCGAUGCUCCAGCUACUGCAAAUCGUAUGACAAAAAAAAGAAACGCUUUAAAGCUCCCCUCUCAUCUUUCCUACCCCAAUCUCAGUUCAGGCAGAUCAGAUGGUGAGUCUGUUCAAGAUCCGACUAAAAUAUGGGCCGAAGUUAUUCCGUGGAUCAGAGCCAAUACAAGCUUAGAAGUAUGGAUAAAAGGAAUCUCUUGCCCGUAUGAUGUCUCGAAAGCAAUUGAGUACGGCCUCGAUGGUCUGAUUAUCUCAAGCCACGGAGGAAGGCAGGUAGACGGUGUUCCAGCAGCCAUCGACGUCUUAGCUGAAUGUGCUCCAUUGGCAAAGGGUCGCAUUAGAAUUGGCUUUGACAGUGGUAUCCGCCGAGGAGCGGAUGUAUUCCGUGCUUUAGCUUUAGGUGCCGACAUUUGUUUCCUUGGAAGAAUCCCCUUGUGGGGUCUGGCUUACGACGGACAAGCUGGAGUUGAAGUAGCGGUCAGAAUUCUUGAAGAGGAGCUUCGCAGCACUAUGGCACACGCGGGGUGA